AUGGAUGCGGACUCCUUCUGCCAGUGCAUCGCGCUGAUCUCAUCACCUUCGCUCUUGCCUGAGCAAAGACGAGCUUUGGAGGCGUCGCUGCUUCAGCUUCGGCGAUCUCCAGGUGCUGUGGACGUGUGCUCGCAAGUGCUGUUGGGAAGCGAUGCCUGCGUCUCCUACCACGCUGCCAACACCUUGAAGUAUGCCGUGCUCUUCAGCUGGCCCUACUUGUCGGAAGCGCUCCGCGAGAAGGCCUUGCAUGCCUGGCUCUCGGCUCUGUCACCUCCGAAGCACUUGUCGGCUUCUGACUGGCGACCUGUCAAGAACGAAGCACUGGAAGCCAUCGCAUUGUACUUCAAGAAGAUCUACAUCGUGUCGAACGAGCUGCCAAGCGGUCCCCACUUCUCCUUGGACGUGGCGGCUGCUUUCUUGUCGGCACUCCAGGAUGGGAGGAACCUCAGCCUCCUGGCUGCCUCGGUGGAGGCACAGCAAAAAGCACAGCAGCUAUUUGCCCGCUUUGCAUUGCUUCCCUUGCUUCGGGCAGCCGCCGCAGAGGCGCACUGGGAUUGCUUGAUUGCUUGCGCGAACUGCGAGUUUUCAGAGAAGUCCACCGACUGGCAAGCGGCCUGCGCGGAGGUGGCGCUGGCAAUCUCCGCACGCGGAGACUGGGAUUUGGCACUGCAGCUCGCGGCGCAGUGCCCGACGAUGCCAGCUAUGUGGAAUCUUGUCGUGGACGGUGCCUCCUCCAGGCCUGCAAGCAUAUCUGCAGCCGCGAGCUGUGCUUCACGAUUGCUUACGGACCCAUCUUCGGGCCAGAGAUCUAGCUUGGCAAGGAUUGCGGCCCGAUUGAUGCAGGUGGACUUGAACAGCGAGGAGGGGCUGUCGAGUUAUGACAGCCUGGUCCUGAUUCUGCAGGUUCUCAGUCGACAGCGGGAUCCGGAGCUUACGGAUUAUUUGCUAGAAAACUUCUUCCAGCAUAUACUCCUGCAAGCGAACGUGCCAGAUGCAUAUGAUGAGACUUUGGGUACAUCCGCCGGUACGAGUUCCGGUCAUGAACUGUUGACAUUGAUUGCAAGAAUCGGCCGAGACUGCCAUCACAUUUCCAGUGGUCUUCAGCAGCUUCUGUCACGGCCGCUGGACAAUGAGUUCGCCAUGGACGUCCGGCACGUGUCCUUGUGCUUUGCAUCCGAGCUCUUGGAGGUUAGCGACGAAGCUCUUUGCCUAGCUGCGGCAGUCAGCACUCAGACAAAUGGUCUGAGUUCGCCACUACUGGUCGCUGACAGCCUGCGGUUUUUCCAAAGGGUGUGCAGGCGAGGCGUACUGUUUAGUGACAAGGCGCAAAUUUUCAGGGUUGCGCUCGGUCUUCUGAAUGCAGAAGUGGUGCAGGAAGGGCUGGCAGUUCUGACAGAAGUGUCAAAAUCUGCCGACUCGCGAGUGCUAUUUGCGGCACACUUUCAAGAAGUGUGGUCAAACCCUCAGAUGCCACUAAGUUUGGUAAAUGGUUUCUGUCGAUGCAUGCGCAACUGCGCAGAUGUGGCCGAAUUGGUCGAAUUAGCAGGUCCGUUGCGACAGGAUGUGUUGAAGCAGCUGGCUGAGUGGGAUCCCAGAUACGUGAAUGGACACCAGCUAGCACUGACAGAACGUCGAUUUGGCGCUCUGGGCGGACUGGCGCCCUUGGGAAAUGAGUUUGAGCAGCCGAUCAUCCGCGCACUACAAACCAGGCUGUGUGGACAAUAUCCAGAACACCUGCUGCCAUGCGCUGCACCUCUACUGGCUGCUCUUGCCAAGAGCGGCAGCGAGUGCGGAUUGCGCCUGGCCGACAGCGUAUGCGUGCCAAUGGCUGCUCUCCCAGCCGAGAGUGAGCUGCAAGAGCACACGCUGGACUUGUGUGAAGUUCUACUAGAAGCUCCGGCAACUUGCGUGAGCGACGCUUUGGUUGUCCUUUGGACCAAAUGCUGCGACUGUCACGUCCGGCGCUGCUUCGAAUUGAUGAGCAAGGCUCCACUGACGCAAAGGUCCUUCGAGUGUUUGUCUGUCGGGCUUGGGCAUCCAGAUGGACAUAUCCAGCAGCUGGCUGUGCGUGCUCUAACAGACAGACCCUUUCAGGGAGACGUCUCAGACAUGUUGCCACGGGUCUUGCAGAUUGCGGUCUAUCAGGAUGGACCCCUUCUUGAACGUCUGGCUGAUUUGUUUCUGGUCUAUACUACUGCUUCUGCACUGAUGGCAGCGGCCAGUAAGCUUGUGGUGGGAAUAACCGACCAUAUCUUGAGGGCGAUGGUGCUGCAGAGCUUCGAGAAGCUAAGCACCCAGCACGAGGAUCCCAAAGCGCACUUCCUGCGUUUCGCGAGCGCCACACAGAAAGCAGUGCUUAUGGGGGCGAGACAGGCUGCGGAGGCAGUUGCGGACAGGGCUGCCAGGUCCGGCAAGCCUCCCAAAGAAGUUGCGUUGGCGGCCAGGGAAGCCGCGGUAACCGCAGGGCUCACGAAGGAAAGCCUGAUGGUGCAGACAGUCGGCUCUGCCGCAACACGAGCAGUCGCUGCCGAGAUGGCUCGCAAGCAGGCUGGAUGGCACGAAAUCGCAGCUGCAACUGUCGAGGCUGCGCAGGACUCCUCGCUCCCGGCAGAGUUCGUGCCGCGCAUGGCGGCAACAGCAGCUGCGGAGCAGGCUGCGAAGGAAGCAGCGAGGCAAAGCAAAUCCGGACACGAGGUUGGACUCGUUGCGGCUGCAGCUACUCAAGCGUGUGGGGUUCCGGCAACCUUGGCGGGCGACGUGGCUGGGAGAGCCAUUGCAUCGGCGCUCCUGCAGAGCGGGUCUGGACUCGCCACCAUGGAGGAUAUGUGGAGCGGCCUCUGCCAAGACGGGAACGAAGCUGGCGCUGGCCGCCUGCAGCGUCACGAGUCAUGCUGGAAAUGCUUCAUGCGAUGCUUUUGCCUGACCCCGAGCCGGGAAGUCCACUUCGAAGCAGCGCAGGCUCAGCAUGCGGCGGUCGUGCAGUCCCUGGCGCUAAUAACAGCUGAGUACUCACAUGGCUCUCCCAGCUUCGCGACCUGGACAGCCGGCUUAAAAGCCUUGUUGACACAGGCGCAGGAGGAGGAAGAUGGCGAGUUCGACCGCUUCGCCCCGUCUCCCUGCGAAUGGCCAGCCUUGAACAAUGUUUUGAAGCUGGGAGUCACGCCGCCUGAAGGGAAGAGCGAAGUGAGCGAUGGUCUCCUCUUGGAUGUGGCACGUUUAUCUGCUCAUGCGGCUCGAUUUGCAUUGGCCGCCUACUCGAACAGGCUCUACGGGCUAGUUUCUCCUGGGGCAGCUUGUUUGACACUGGCCUGCUGUAUCUCUGAACGUCGAGCUUUUGUUCGCAUGAGUGGGGUCAGCGACGACGACGUGCUGCUUGCCGAAACGGUGGCUCGUCCGUUUAAACCUGUCUGGUGGAUCUGUCAUGACCGCGCGACGUCUGCAAUCAUGGUCGCCAUUCGCGGCACUUUCAGCAUGUCAGAUGUGCUUUCUGACGUGCUGGCCACACAAGUACUGUACAAGGAGCAUGUGAUACACGAGGGCGUGCUGGCAAGCGCACGCUGGGUUUACAGCAAAGUGGCCCCAGUUCUGCGCAGGGAGAUGGCCUCGGAAGGAGGGAAGAUUCUCAUCACAGGUCACAGCUUGGGCGGAGCGGUUGCUGCAUUGCUGGCUUGGUUGCUUCGUGAGGAUGCCGGCUUGCCAGCACGGGCCAUUGUCUUCGGCGUGCCACAGGUCACGGACGAAGCGCUGGCCCGAAAGAUGGCGAAGUUUGUCACCGGCAUCAUCCAUGCAAGGGACAUUAUCCCAAUGCUGUCGCAAAAGUCAGUGGAAGAUCUUCGGCACCACGUGGCAGAGGCCGCGCAGACGCCCGAAGAAAAAUUGCUGGAGCUGCAAGCGGUGCUCGCAAACUUCCAUCUCCCGACCGAGCCAGCGUUGUUGCAAGAUGCUCUCUCCCAGAGGCAGUUCCAAGCUCCAACCCCUCGACGUCAUACUAGCACUUCCACUUCUACGACGGUUUAUGAAGAUGCUCCGAGCGACGUCGUGGAGCUGCCAGCGAUUCCGAUGCACAAUCCAGGAUGGCAGCUGCACUUAAGAAGACGUGCGCUUGGGGCACGAAGCCGCGAGUUCAAGCCAAUCCUCUGGAGAAGUUCGAUGGAGGACUUCCUGAUCACCGUCUCUACGCCCACAACAGCUUCUAUGCAACGAGUUCGCCCGGUCACUGGUGACAUUCCCGCAAGUAGCGACUGCCAGAGUCGGGCAGGCAGCUGCGAGGGCAACCUGCAGGAGCGGACAGUGACCGAGCUCCUGGAGCUGGGGCAUGGCGCUAUGAAUGGCGCAUGGGCAUUUCCGCAGGCAGUGGAUUGGGAUGACGAUGGCCACAGCGAGCUAAUCGUUCUCCAGUGGGAUGGAGGCGAUUCUUGGGAUGACCCACCGGGGGAGGGAAGGCACUGCUGGGUCAGGUAUUUCAGGCAAGAUGCAUGGCAGCUAAACGAGCAACUCGGGGAAGAGAAUCCUUUCAGAGAUCUUGGGUUUCAGAUGAAUUCCACGAGCGUAGAGCCGGCCUUCUCAGUUCUUGACUGGGAUGGAGAUGGCGAUCUGGACUGGAUACUCCGGGACGACCAGGGUUUGUGGUUUCUGGAGUUCUCCGCUGGCACCAUUCGCAGCAAGUCUCCAAUCUGGCUCUUUGACAAUCACGGGCAGCCGAUACCAGCAAAUUUGUUGGCAGCACAAGACUGGGCGCUGCAGCCUUUCGCUGCGGUGGAUUGGGAUCAGGAUGGCGACCUGGAUCUGUUCAUCAGCGAUCCGCAACAAUCCUGGCCACUUGAGAUCCUUUACUUUGAGCGCGUCAAUGAAUCGUCCUUGGUACAAUCCAGAAGUCCCCUGGCUGGUUUCGAUGCUUCUUCCGUGAAGAGCAUGGUUGUUGCAGAUUUCGACGGUGAUGGAGAGAUGGACGUUCUGUUCAGCAACUACGAAAGCUAUUUGUGCGAGCCUCCUAUGCUCGGCUUCCUGCAUGGUACCGAGGAUGGGAACUUUGAGGACUGGAGUCAGAAUGGUCGUGCAAACCCCUUUUGGGGGGCCGAAGGAGCCGGAUAUGCAAACUGCACUGACUUCAGUGGUGCUGCCUUGGCAGUGGCGGAUGCGAACCAGAACGGAUUGUUGGAGCUGCUGGUUGCCACCAGUUCACGCAUUCUCCUGUUCUCAUGGCACUUUACCAAGCAGCUGGUGGAAAGAGCAAACGGGUACACGCUCUUCCACAUCAACAGACGGAUGGCGCAUCCUGCUGUUGCAGAUUGGGAUGGAGAUGGGAUCGCGGACUUGAUCCUAGGGUCGAAGUACGGGCGUGUUGAGGUUUUCCUACGUCAAGAGGACGGCAGCUUGGGUGAAUGGGAGCCUGUUCUUGAGCUGAAGGAUGUUUCGACUGCCCGGCCCGUUGUCCUUGAUUUCAACAACGACAGUCUCAAUGAUCUCAUGGUUCCCAGUUCUACAUGGGACGGAAGCGAGCUCAUCUAUUUCGAACGCCAGCUGAACGGAAGCCUGGAAGAGAAGUUCCGGCUGAAACCUAGUUGGGCACUUUGCUUUGCAGCAGCUGUUGCAGACUGGAGCCAGGAUGGACGUUUGGAUGUUCUUCUGCCGUGUAGCAACGAUACUCAGUCAUCACACUUGGUGUGGCAGUUCUUUCAGCAGCUUCCUAAUGGCUCCUUCCAGCCUCGCCCAGCGCCCCUAGCGGAUUUGGACGAUGUCUCUACUGGCUUGUCUUACGUGUAUGUUCAGGCAUUCGACGUGAAUUCGGACGGGACAGCGGAUCUGCUGAUGAGGGACGGCCCGGCAUGGCGUUUGUUUCUAUCACAGCCAGAUGGGCAGUUAACAGAAGCGAAUGCGAGUGAAUCUUUGAAUCUUGUCAGAGAGUUGCCAGAGCUGGGUGUUGGAGAGACCUUUGUCCUAGCAGAUUGGGACUCGGAUGGCGACAUGGACCUGUUGACGGCUGCCGGGCACAGGGAUGGCGGCGAUGUUCGCCACUUUGACAACGGCUACUGCCGACUAGAUCAAGCUUGCACCGGCAGGGGGGCCUGUGGCCACUCCUCGGGCAAGUGCACCUGCUUUGUAGGGCACUCCCUGUCGGAUUGCUCCGAAUGCAGCAAAGGAUACUUUGAUCCAUUGCAGGUCAAUGUUACGUACCCAGCAAAAGAGCUGAUCCGAAAGUGUGUGGCCUGCCCGGGCACGCCUGGUGCGAUGCCGUGCUCUGGCCGUGGCUUCUGCAAUGACGAUGCAUCGACCAGGGAUAGACAUAGCAAAAAUGGAACCCGUUCGACCGUCCAUGGAGACGGCACUUGCAAUUGCUCAGCUCCCUUUACCGGAGAGAGGUGUGAGCGGGGCCUGUGUCUUCCAGGCCACAAGUAUGUGCAGGAUUCCAUCCUGCGGUGUGAGCCCUGCGAGGCAGGGUCUUUUGUUGACAAGCAUAGUCUGCAGCGAUACUGCAAAAGCUGUCCGGGAAACAGCUAUGCGAGUGCUCCGGGAAGCGCGCGAUGCCUCCCUUGUCAAGCAUUCUGGUGGAGGAUGUCGGUGACUGCGGAUAAGACCCGCUGCCAUCUGUCCUUCAUGAACGUGUGCGCCUUUACCAUCGUCCUCUUGCUGUCCUUCAUGUUCUUUGCCAUACUCUCUCACCUGGCAUGUUGUUCCAUGCCCAUUGAGGAUGUGCAGCUGAAGGAUGGCGUCCUCUGCCUUUCCGUCCGUGGACGUCAUUGGCUACUACGGCCUGCAAGAGUUGCCUUCAAAGACACAGGACAUCCUCUCCUCGAUGACAAUCAGAACUACCUGGUGGAGGUACAGAGCGACCGCGAACUCAUUGUGUGUGACUCACAAGGUGUUGCGCUGUCGCUCUCGGCGGAUGCGUCUCAAGGCACAUGCCACAUCCACCGCUUAGACAACGUCUGUCGUAGGGGAGUCUUUGGAGUUCCUUUCCUCCUAUGCCUCGGGCUGCUUGCCAUCCUCUUCGCAACCACCUUCUUCCUCCUGGGCGUCGUAGCCUUUGAUGCAGUCAUGGCCCUGGCAGGUCUCGCCCUCGCCGCCUUGGUUCACAGGUGGACUCAUCCGACCGCUUGUGAUCUAUGUCGAGAUCGAUGCCUCUUUGCGGCACGGCUUCGCAUCAACCAACCUCGGGCUUGUCCCAAGGGUCCAGAAAGAGGACUUGGAUUGGGGAAGAUUCAAGAGCUUUACGAUUUCUUCAGUGCCUACAUCGGUCUCCACAGGAACAUGUACUAUCUCUGCAGCAACAUCGUGAAGCCCCUGACUGCCAGAAACCAGCUGUCCUAUGCAGAGUUGGCAGGACCCUGCACUGUGUCGUUCUUCGUCUCUCACUACUGGGGCAUGCCAUUUCAGCACUUUGUGGAGUGCUUGAAGGGGCAUGCCGCGGAUCGGACAACCAGCUACUGGAUCUGCACCUUCGCGAACAACCAGUGGAGGGUGGCCGAAGAGUUGGGUGAGGACGUGCUUUGCUCACCCUUCUACCUGGCUUUGCGAAGCACUUCGUGUCAGGGCACUUUGGUUGUGCUCGACGAGGAGGUGCUGCCCUUGACCAGGUCUUGGUGUCUAUUUGAGCUCUUCCAGACCGAGAUGCUCAGCCGAGAGGGCGGCGGUUUCCAGGGACUUCUACUUGGGACCUCCACAGGUGUCAUGAACUACGGCCAGAGCAGCAUCGACCUCGCCCUGAAGAUCAGCAAGAAGCUUUCCACAUUGCGUCUCCAGGACGCCCAGGCCAGCUGCCCCCACGACAAGCGCAUCAUCGACGAAGCAGUGGCGAACCACCCGGGUGGCUUCGAAGCUGUUAAUUCCUUCCUCAUUGGGUCUGUGCAGGCGGCCUUGUAUCAGACGGAAGCACGCUUCCGAGAGGAUUUUGCUCGGCUGCAUCAGGACCUUGGGCACACAGCGGCACUGGCUCCAGAAGACUAUGCAGGCAGAGGGACUCAACCGAACCCGACGCUGCUGACCAGCCGCGGAAUACAGGAUCAGGUAGUAGAGGAGAAUGUCAAGGUGUAG